UUUGGGGGGCCCACCUAUCUGAGGACCCAGGACCACCCCAGCUGCCCAGAUCCCAGGGAACUGGAAGCCAGUAAAGUCGUCCUCCUGCCCUGUUGUCCUAGAGCCCCAGAAAGUCCUGAGAAGGGACCACCAGGUCCUCAGGAUGAGAGACACCAGGGACAACCUGGACCACCGGGCAGGAUAGGCCCCAAGGGUGAGCCUGGAGAUCCAGCGAAUCUGUUCUGGUGCCAGGAGAGUCCCAGAAGCUGCCAGGAGCUGCUGAGCCAGGGUGCCACCUUGAGCAGCUUGUACCAUCUGUGCCUACCCAAGGGCAGAGCCCUCCCAGUCUUGUGUGACAAGGACACCACAGAGGGCACAGGGUGGUUGGUCUUCCAGAGGCAGCGGGAUGGUUCCAUGGAUUUCUUCCGCUCUUGGUCCUUCUGCCGAGCAGGUUCGGGGAGCCAGGAGUCUGAAUUCUGGCUGGGGAAUGAGGUUCUCAGCAGGGUCCAGGCCCCAGGUACCUGGGAGCUGUGGGUGGAGCCUGAGGCCUUUAGAGGUGACCACACCUGUGCUCACUAUGGGGCCUUCUGCCGCCUUAGUGAGCAGCUGGUGCUGGGCAAGUUCUCAGAGGGCACGGCAGGGAACUCUCUGAGCUUCCACAGCUGGAAGCCUUUUACCACCUAUGAUACAGACCAUGAUGCCAGUGGGGGCAACUCUGCGGUGACUGUCCUCAGUGCCAGGUGGACACCAUACAGAUCCUGCUACCAGUCCAAUCUCAACGGGUGCUACUCAGUGUCCGAAGCCACCACCCAUAACUAUGGCUUCAACUCGGCCUCAGCAUGGCCACCCACACGAUGCUUCGCUAGGGCACCCGAGCAACCAGCACCCUUAUCUCUCCUGUACAGCUUCCGGACCCUCAGCUACUUCUCCCCAUUGCUAACCACCUCUGCUCUUCUGUCCAUGUUUAAAAAAUAA